AUUCAAUCAACUCCAACGAUGCUUAAUGAAGUCGAAUGCAUGACGCAUCAUUCAGGGAUUGAACAGCGCCGAAAACUGUACCCUUCUAUCCUAGGAAAAAAGUGGGCGAUUAUCAUGCUAUACGAACUGCUAGGCGAAAUUUAUAAAAGAUACAAAGUGAUAUUUUCCUCUAUAAAACCAAAUCGUCUAGGAAACAUAAAUGAAUGCUGCCUAGAGCACAGCGACUGUUACAAAGAGCAGAAAGGACAAGAAUAUUGUGACAACACAUUUUGCGAGUGUCUCGUUGUGAGCUUCCCUUCUUUUUUCGGAUACCAUCGUGCAUUUCACGACCAAACUUUUAUUUCAUCAAGUGAUUUUCCACCUUUACCCACAACAACUAUGGAUGAUUGUUUGAAAAACGUGUAUAAAUCAAUGUAUAAGCGGAUUUUAAGUCCGUUUGUACUGAAUGUUUCGCACCUGAAAAAACCAAUUUUGGCAGAUUGCGUGGUCCUUAAGAUUUAA